GUCCUUCCUCUUGGAGACUCGGCUCUCUCUCCCUGCCUCCCUGACCUGCGCUGCCGUCCGCCGGCGCCUACUGACCUGCGCGGCUGCGCCGUCUACUGACCUGCGCCGCCGCCGGCCGGCCUGCCACUGCCCACCGCGCAUCCUCCUCCUUCACGGCCUGCCGGCGCCGCCGCGCCUUCCGGGAUCCCCGUUCCCCGCCUGGCCGCGGGCCGCCUCCGAGCUCCGACACCGCCGCCCGCCGCCUUCCCGCUCCCCGCCUCCGGCCUCGGGCUGUGGUGGCGUCUGCGGUGAUCAAGCCCGACAGCGUCCAGCGAGGCCUGGUAUGAAGUUUAUGAACGUGGAGAGGUCUUUUGCUAUGCUAUAUUGAGCUAGAUAUAUUUGCAAACAUUCAAGAUCAUGCCAUUUUGAAGCAUUUUCAAGAUUACAAGAAUUGCAGGUGCCAAAUACCCAAGCCCAUUAUUAGAACAUAGUGCAUCAAGCUUUAGUGAGAUGGAUAUGUUUUAUCAAUGUAAGGAAAUCCUAAAGAUUCAGAAGCUUCGGCGUAUGGUGUCCUAUGCUGGAUUCUACUGCUUCACCGCCCUCAUUACCUAUGCUUACACAAGCAAUACGACAAGGGCUGGGAUUUCAAGAGCCGACCAGUAUUAUGCCUCCUAUCCUGCUGGUACUGAGCUACUUACUGACACUGCAAAGCUUUACAAGGCUGCAUUAGGUAAUUGUUUCGAAAUAGAUGACUGGGGCCCAAUAGAAUUCUCCGUCAUGGCUAAGCAUUUUGACCGGCAAGGAAAACCACCAUAUGCCUACCAUGCUCAAUAUCUGGCACACCUCCUCUCCCAUGGGCAACUCGAUGGACGCGGCUAGCUGCAGGAUGUUCUGUUGUCAUCAUCAGCGCAAUGAAAAUUUACUAGACCUUGUACAAAAGAGCUGCCUUGCUGGAAUAUGAGUUGUGAUCGCAUUUGACAAUGCAUUGCAGAACUGAAAUCAGAAAUGGAUUCUGAAUUGUAGGCCAUCAAUUGGUACAAUAUCAGUUCGUUAGUACAUUUGGCGCAGCAAUUUCCGGAAAGUCAUGACAUUGUCCUGUUCAAGCAUUCACGGUGUCCUUUUGUUGUUGAAUAAAAUUCUUUGAAUGUCAAGGCAUAUAUUGGUUCGUC